AUGGCUGAGGAAAUAGUGAUUGACAAAACAACCUUUUUCAAUCGACUAUCUAGCUUUUAUGCAGCAUGGAAGGCAGACAAGCGAUCAACCAACGCCGUAUUUGGCGGGGUGGGAUCGAUUGUCGUCCUGAUGGGAAAGACUGAUGAAGCAAAUUCAUUCCAAAAGAACAACGCGAUGCAUUUCUGGCUUCUUGGCUAUGAAUUUCCAGCUACACUUUUGAUAUUCACAACUGAAAUGGUUUAUGUUGUGACCACUGCUAAGAAAGCGAAACAUCUUAGCCCACUCAAAGGCGGCAAGAUCCCAGUUGAAAUUUUGGUGACAACGAAGGACCCAGAGCAGAAGAUGAAGUCCUUCGAGAAAUGCUUGGAAGUCAUUAAAACUGCUGGGAAAAAAGUUGGUGUCUUACCAAAAGACACAGCGAGUGGUCCUUUUGCAGAUGAGUGGAAGCGCGCAUUUGCAGACGUAUCAAAGGAAGUGGAAGAGGUUGAUAUCACGCCUGCUCUUUCAUCUGCCGCUUUCUCGGUGAAAGAUACUGAUGAACUGGUUUCUAUACGCAAUGCCUCAAGGGCUUGCAGCGGACUAAUGUCCGAGUACUUCGUGGAUGAAAUGUCGCGCUUACUCGACGAAGAAAAACAGAUGACACAUAAAUCACUCACAAUGCGAAUUGACGCGAAGAUUGAUGACGCGAAAUUUUUCAACAAGUUAGCAAGAUUACCAGCGGAAUUCGACGCUCAGCAAAUAGACUGGGCUUAUGGGCCUGUGAUCCAAAGCGGGGGCAAAUACGAUCUGAAAAUCACAGCUACAUCUGAUAACAACAACCUUCAGCCAGGAAUCAUCAUCGCGGGGUUUGGUAUUCGGUACAAGACAUACAGUUCAAUCAUCGCUCGCACCUAUUUAGUUGACCCGAGCAAGGCUCAGGAAGCAAACUAUGCUUUCUUAUUGAGUGUCCAUGAAAUAGUCAUGAAAGAUAUUCGCGACGGUACUGUCGUGAAGGAUUUGUACAACAAAGCAAUUGGUCUAAUUCGAGCUAAGAAGCCUGAUCUGGAGACUCAUUUUGUUAAAAGCAUUGGUGCUGGAAUUGGCAUUGAACUUCGAGAUGCGAAUAUGGUGUUGAACGGGAAAAACAACAGAAUAUUGAAGAGCGGGAUGACUCUUUCAGUAACUGUUGGAUUGACAGACGUUGAAGAUCAAGGAUCAAGGGAAAAGAAAAACAUUAUGUAUUCAAUGGUUAUCACGGAUACUGUUCGUGUUGGGGAAAAUGGUCCACAUGUGUUCACCAAAGAUGCCGGUAUUGACAUGGAUUCAGUUUCUUUCUAUUUUGGAGAUGAGGAAGAGCCUCAAAAACCCGCCAAAGAGAAGAGAGAAGCCAAGUCAAGCGCCAUUGCGAGCAGGAAUGUGACGCGGACGAAACUUCGAGCUGAGCGACCAACUCAAAUUAAUGAAGGUGCAGAAGCUCGUCGUCGUGAACACCAGAAAGAACUAGCCACAAAGAAGACCAAAGAAGGACUUGAUCGCUUUGCUGGCACUACUGGAGAUGAAAAUGGCGUCACCCAAAAAAAGUUCAAACGGUUUGAAUCAUACAAGCGGGAUAACCAGCUACCAACAAAAGUCAAAGAUCUGUCGGUUUACGUUGAUCACAAAGCCUCGACUAUCAUUGUUCCUAUCAUGGGUCGGCCGGUACCAUUCCAUAUCAACACAAUCAAGAACGCUAGCAAAAGUGACGAGGGCGAGUAUGCUUAUCUCCGUAUCAAUUUUCUUUCCCCAGGCCAAGGAGUCGGUAGAAAAGAUGAUCAACCUUUUGAGGAUUUAUCGGCACAUUUCUUGCGGAACUUGACUUUAAGAUCCAAGGAUAACGGUCGACUUGCUCAAGUCGCACAGGAUAUUACGGAGCUUCGAAAAAACGCAUUGAGACGAGAGCAGGAGAAGAAAGAAAUGGAAGAUGUGGUUGAACAAGAUAAGCUCGUCGAAAUCAGAAGAAUGUCUACUGACUUGUACUUAGAUCGUCGUCCUGUGAAGCUUCCUGACGUUUAUCUUCGACCACCGCUUGAUGGAAAACGUGUCCCAGGAGAAGUUGAAAUACACCAAAAUGGUCUUCGUUAUAUGUCGCCAUUCCGUAAUGAGCAUGUCGAUGUUCUUUUCAGCAAUGUGAAACACCUUUUUUUCCAACCUUGCGCCCAUGAGUUGAUCGUGCUCAUUCAUGUUCAUCUCAAAACACCAAUCAUGAUUGGAAAGAGGAAGACGAGAGAUGUGCAAUUCUACAGGGAAGCCACUGAAAUGCAGUUUGACGAAACUGGGAAUCGCAGGCGCAAGCAUCGCUAUGGAGAUGAAGAGGAAUUUGAAGCGGAGCAAGAGGAGAGGCGCCGAAGGGCGGCAUUAGACCGGGAGUUCAAAGCUUUUGCUGAGAAAAUCGCCGACGCUGGAAAGGAUGAAGGCGUUGAUGUCGAUAUCCCCUUCAGAGAAAUUGGGUUCACUGGUGUUCCAAAUCGGUCUAAUGUUCUGAUACAGCCGACGACUGAUGCCCUUGUUCAAUUGACGGAGCCGCCUUUCCUUGCCAUUACUCUGAACGAGAUUGAAAUUGCGCAUUUGGAGAGAGUGCAGUUCGGACUCAAGAAUUUCGACCUCGUCUUUGUGUUCAAGGAUUUUCACAGACCUCCUGUCCAUAUCAACACAAUCCCUGUCGAAGCUUUGGAGGGGGUCAAGGACUGGCUUGAUUCUGUCGACAUCGCAUACACAGAAGGCCCCCUCAAUCUGAACUGGACUACAAUCAUGAAAACAGUAGUGAGCGAUCCGUAUGGAUUUUUUGCCGAUGGAGGUUGGUCGUUUUUGGCAGCAGAGUCAGACUCCGAAGACGGUUCAGGAGACGAAGAAUCUGCUUUCGAGCUUUCUGAAUCUGAGCUAGCUGCAGCAGAUGAAAGCUCGGAGGACGACAGUGAAUUUGACGAUGAUGCUAGUGCUGACGCUAGUGAGGAUUUCAGCGCUGACGAGGAGAGUGGAGAGGACUGGGAUGAACUUGAGACGAAGGCUAAAAAGAAAGACCGAGAAGGUGGCUUGGAUGAUGACGACCGCGGUAAGAAGCGUAAACGGUGA